AUGGCGGUCCGUAAUGUAACGAAUGCCGCCAAUCAACGUUUGUUUAUGGAAGACUCAGACACCGACUCGAUUGCCACCGACUCAACGGCCGAGAGCGAGUUGAAAGAUGACUACCCCGUAGAUCGCAUUCUGGCCGAACAGGAGUUCGAGGGUUCUGAUGGGGUUGAGCCGCACUGGCUAAUACGAUGGCUUGGCUAUCCUGACCACCGUAAUACCUGGGAGCCUUUCGAGAACAUCCAGAGCGAUGACUUGUUCAGAGAGUGGGCUAAGCAGAAACGACUCCAGCAGCAAGGAAAAGCUGAGCCGUAUGACUUGCAGGCAUAUGACGCUUUGAUCGCUAGGAGUUUAGAGGAGAAGGAGGAGCGGAGGAGGCGAAGGAGGGCAAAGCGGAAACGCAAGCGUAACGGUCUGGCUGCGCUUACUAGUGAUGAGGACGGAAAGGUUCAUUCGGACGGCGAGCUAUGCCGGGGACCAAACCGACAGGUGCUGGACUUGCCCAAGCGGAAACGAACUUCGAAGCGUGAUAGCGCAGACAGCACAACAAACGGCGCAGACAACACAGAGCGCAAGAAGGCCCCCAACACUCCACUUCCGCUACGCAAGGGCGUGGCUCGGAAAAUAACUAACAGGCUUCCGUCUGACACUGACGAAGACGACGCAAAGCUUGCGGACGACGGAACGCCAGACUCCGAGCCCGAUUCGCUCUUCGAUGACGUUACCGAGAUCCAGCGCCCAGAACCACAGCAGACUCCGAAGCAAUCUAAACCUUCACGGCUCCCCAGCUCAAUCGCAAAGACUUCACUUCUGCCAGAGAUCGCGCCUUCCGGGAGGAGAGUACUGCCGACCACUUCAGCGCCAACGGCGGCAACAAAAUCAGUGCCACAGCCUGCGAGCAAGCCCGUUGGUACGGCCAAGCGGACAACCAAUAUCUUUGCCAGUUUCGGUGAUGUAAAGCAGAGACGACGGCGUCCGCGGGUCAGUGGCGAGACCCCAAAAGACUCUGACAUUCUAAAAUUCAGGAAUCUCUCAACGCAGAACCGUUUUCAAAAGUAUAGCCGCAACGAAAAGGCACCCGACCUCAAUGCUCUCACCAUCAUCGAUCCCAAAACGGGUGUAGCUGAGCCAUCAAGGGUCGCACCUUCCGCAAUUGCAGCUUCUGCUUCCACACCUGCCCGUAAGGGUCCGCAAGGAAUCCACAGCGCUUACGGUCGCGCCAGAUCGCCUUCAUGGUCUGAACGUCGAAAGAGCCUCACCCCACCAUCCGGGCCUAUUCCACCUCAAUCAGCGCCAUUCAGUCCGGGUAAACCACAGCAACAACCCACGAGCUCGCAUUCGCCGCCGGUCCGCAAGCCACCUGGCUUCAGACCAAAAGUGGUGUGCUGGCACUGGCUGAACGGUGACUGCCGUGCACCGGCGGGCCAGUGUAGCUUCGCGCACGAACCCAUUGACCCAAAGGAUCACAUGUCCAAGUUCCUUCCCAAUGAGCAGCAGCAUUCACCGCCCCCGCCUGAUCUGGCCUCACAGCAACUUGGUUUGGGCGCCCCGCAAGGCCCAAGGCCACCUACGUCCGAAGUAACGUGCUUCUUCUGGCUACGAGGCAAGUGCCGCUUCUCUGCCGAAGAGUGCAACUUUGCACAUCGUGACACCGGGGUCUACGCUACGAAUGAAGCUGUCAAGGCUUCGAUGAUGCGCCAUGUGCAGUGCAAAGAUAUUACGUGCUACUACUGGCAGCAGGGCAGUUGUACUAAGCCUGACGAUCAAUGCGAGUUUGCACAUCAGUGGAUGCCACAGCUUGCAAGCCAGCCAGGAACCUUUAAGAAAGGCUUCGUGCUGUUGCCUAGCGCGCAGGCUCCGGCUACCGAAGCUGGCAUUAUGUUGAACGCAAUGUCCCCGUCCCGCACACCAGAUGGCAUGGCUGUGGAUGGCGAGCAGCAGAAGGAUAACAUACCCUUUCCACCUACUAAGAGUUUACCUCCGCAGCCCGUGGAGCCGCUGUCUGCAACGUGGGAGAAGCCGGAGCGAUUGGUCCGUUUCGACGUACCAGAAGAGGUGGCUAGCCUGCCGAAGACUGUCGCUAUAGAGACUGGCGUGCUGCCAGCGACACUGCAGAUUGUGAGCGCAGGCACGGGGUCAAGCAUGACAAUCUACGCGGAGUUACAUACGUCUUACACAUCUGCGUUCGAGCGUAUCUUCUACCCUAUUAAGAAAGGCAUCUAUCUCAUGCUGGAUCGAAUGGUCACAGCUAAAGAUGUGGAGGUGUGGCUCGCGCAGCUUGUCGCGGAAGAGGGUGAGUGGCCUGCCGGCAGUAUUGUGCCUAAGCAGAAUUCACUUCCAGACGCCGCGAAGCUAGCCGAAUGCGGGAAGUUAUUCGGCUCAGGCUUUGUAUCGCUGCAGGACCUGUUCACGUUGGUCGUCUAUCCUAGUGGGCAUGACGACUGGCGGUUCUUUGACGUCCCGCACGUUCCCUCAGCGGCAAACGCUUCACUUCGAUUCAGAUUGCUCCCACCCCUGUCCAGCAUACCGCCGACACUAGCUUCGGAGGGCGUUGACAGUACGACCUCGCUUGAGCUAAGCGCGUCAGUCGUCGUUGCGAACCAACUGCUUGGCCUCAACCACGAGCGGAUUUUGGUUGAGAAGGAGGGUAGACCGGCGGACACGGAGGUCUUCCUGGCGUGGCCCGAAGAGCGCGGUGCCGAGCUGCAUGUGCUCGCUAACUACUUUCAGAGCCUGCAGUGCAAGGUGUACACCUCCGACACGCGAGGCGCUUGGUCCUACUUCCGCCACAACCGCCAGGACAACGACCGCGGACUGAUCAUUGUUCACCCAACAACACCAUUUUGGGUAAUGUCCAGCCUGCACAAAUACCUCACGCGCUGCGGUAGGGUGCGUGUCUUCUCCAUCGGCGUACAACGUACUCUCUACAUGCAGCCGGAUGAUCCAGCAAACUUCUCAUGCGAGCGCCUCUUCCCUCACGGCAAGGUUACCUUCAUCACAGACGAUGUCUUCGUCUACCACCCAGAAAAAGCGAGCGAAGUUAUCCGGACCUUCCUCGAUUUGCACAAAGACAAGCCUCCAGGCGGCGAGCUCGACAAGAUCGCGGUCAGACCAGGGAUUAAGGAUUGGCUUCAGGGUCUCAUGGUUGAGAAGCUUACAGACCGCGGUCGACAGGAUGACCGCUACGUGCAAGUAUACCUUGACAUCUGCAGACUAUGCCCGCCGGAGGGAGAAGACCCAUUCAACCCGCCUAAUCCGCUAGCUUCUUCUCAACUGGUCUCCUUCCCGCCCGAAGAGAUGCCAAGCUUCCAAGGCUUGUGGGACCGGGACGAGGAAGCGGCGACUGGCUGCAUAGUCGAUUGGUUUGCAGGAUGGGCUGCCGUGAAUGCACAGAAAUUCCGACGCUUUCUGGUGUGUCACGAGCCGAAGAAGAAGGUGACGGAGAUGGAAAUUGACGAGAAUGGGAGGAGCAGGGUGAAGGUGGUGGCGGACACGAAAGGGUGGGAGAAGAGGUGGUGUCACAUUGGUGUGCCCACGCCAGAUAUGGCGGUGAAGGAGAUGUUAGCCAGGAAGAAGUCUACGCAAUGA